UAAUGUUUAAUAUAUUUCCUGGAACUUGAAUGACAUUUAAAGCAUUUUCUUAACUGUCCAAGUCACUAAGCUAAAUAUGAUUAAAUGAGAAAAUAAAAACGAGCCUUACAAAGAGAAAUUCUAAGUUGAUUAAUGUUAAAAUGUGGUCACCAGAUUCAGAAAUAAAUUCCAUUGGAAUGACCGUUCGUCAUUCUAUAUCAUCGUCUUCUGGAAUAUCAUCAUUGUCGAGUUGUGGAAAUCCUCAUGCUCUUCCAGAAUUACCACCAGGCGAUGAACAUCGACUUCAGAGAGCCGCAUUAACAUUACAACAGAAGUUAAUCUUAAGAGAAUGGCUGAAAGAAAAUCGUCUUCAAAGUCAUUACUCAAGAUUAAUUUCAAUAGAAGUGACGAGUCUCGAAGAUGUUUAUUGGUUGGAAGAUUCACGAGCAAGUCAAAUUUUAGGAAAAGAUUUUUCAGCAUGGAAUCGCGCUCGACAAAAACUUCCAACAUCAAAAGCACAGUUGGAAGUUUUAAAAGCAGAAUUGUGGUCGACAGUUGUAAAGACUUCAAACCACAAAGAUGCUUGGACUUAUGGUGGAAUGCUUGUUGUGUCGGUCAGUGUUGCUGGGUUGGUAACAUUAGCUGCAAUGACUCAACCAUCACUUGCACCAGAAGCUCGUCAUUCUCUCUUACAAUACGUCACUGGAAAAUAUUUAUUGCCUGCCAAUUGUCGAGUUGAAUGGCAUUUUGAAGAUCCUUCAAUCGUUGGUAGGACGAUGAGUUUCACCGUUCGAUUCUAUCAAAGAAAUGGCAAUGCUUAUCCAAUCUGUGAUACUGAUCAGUUCUUUGUGGAAGUUGCUUCUGAAGGUGCGAAGAAAGUUGUGGCAAUUAGUGAGCUGGGAUCGUCAACAAAUCCCAACAAUGCCAAUGAAGCAAAAGUAAAAUUCACUGUUCGAACUGCUGGUCAAUAUAAAAUCUCAAUUAUGAUUGGAUCAAGUCAUAUUGCUGGCAGUCCCUUCACAAAGACAUUCAUGCCAAGUUCAAUAUCGCCAACACGUUCUCGCUUGAUUCGUCCCGCUAGCAUUGUCGUUUGUCAAGAAGGAUUGCCAAACCUUUUGUAUGUCGAACCUCGUGAUGAGUUUGGAAACAUUUGCAGUUACGACACUGACGUUGAUCCCACGAAAGGUUAUUUUGUUGAGAUAUUUGAUUUGAACGAUCAACCUUGUGAGAAAUUCAACAGCGCGAUAACGUUGAGUUACGACAAAGUCAAUUUACGUGUCAACGUUAUAGCAUUAUUCCCCGAGCCAAUCAGCUUAAGGGUUCGCAUCCUUUACGAGGGUCAACUCAUACCCAACGCAUUAUUUGAUUUGAUUGUUUUAAGCUCGUGUGACACGACACUCGUUCAUAAAAACAUUGCUUCUAGAAAGCUUGCCAUUUAUGAUGCCAAAUUGUUGAGUAUUGCGGGUGAUGUGAAGUCGAAACCACGUAAAGUUUUAUGCUACAUCGGCCCAAAACAAUUUACAAUUAAAGAAAUGAUAUUGAAGAUUAUUCCUAAACGUGUUGCAACGUUUCGUCUUUGUCCGUCCACGAAAAUUCAAUUCCUUCCUAACGUUUCAUCGCCCACACAAAAAAAUUCAACGAACGGAGCUGUUUUCAUAAUUGAUGAUGGCUCGCAGCCAAAAAUUGAACUUUCAUCGAAGGAUCGAAAUCUUAUAGCGGCAACGUUCACACAUUUUCUUAUUAAAAAUAUUGGCGGAUCGGAAACUUUCAAAGAUAAACAAGAUUUCUUCUAUCACGAAGUUCGAAAAUUUCAUUCAAAUUGUUAUCACGAAAAGCUUGCAUUGAAAGUUCAACGUGAAAGAAUUUUAGAAUCGAGCAUGAAGGCGACGAAAAAUUUUUCCGUUUCAGAUUGGUGUGGGAAUUUUGAAGUUAUUUUCCAAGGUGAACAAGGAAUUGAUUGGGGUGGUCUUCGACGUGAAUGGAUUGAGUUAAUAUGUUCAGCUUUAUUUGAACCAAAAAGUGGAUUAUUUUGUACUUUCCAUGAUAAACGCCAAGCUUUGGUCCAUCCAAAUCCUUGCCGUCCGUCAAAUCUUAAACUCAAAUAUUAUGAAUUUGCUGGAAAAGUUGUUGGAAAAUGUCUUUAUGAAAGUGCACUCGGAUCAUCAUACCGACAAUUAGUUCGUGCACGAUUUACUCGUUCAUUCUUAGCUCAGCUCAUCGGUUUGCGAGUUCAUUACAAACAUUUUGAGCAAGAUGAUCCCGAUUUAUAUUUGCAAAAGAUUAAAUACAUUCUAGACACCGACCUCGAUCGUAAUGAAAAUGUUGAAAUAUACUUUGUUGAAGAAGUUUACGAUACAAUGGGACAAUUGGUGAAGACAAUUGAUCUCAUUCCAAAUGGAUCUAAGAUAAGAGUUCGCAAUUCAAAUAAGAAUCAGUAUCUCGAUGCUCUUGCAACUCACAGACUGUCAAACAAUUAUUCGAUUGCUGACUUUAAAGCCAAUCAUAUCGUCAAUGGUGGAAGUGCUGAGUUUCGCAAAGUUUUAGACUGGUUUUGGGUUGCUGUAAGUAACUUUUCUCAAACGGAAAUGGCACGAUUGUUACAAUUUACAACAGGAUGCAGUCAGUUACCUCAUGGAGGUUUUCAAGAAUUGAAUCCAAAAUUUCAAAUAACUGCAGCACCAACGUUUGCCAAUCGCUUGCCAACAGCCCACACAUGUUUCAAUCAAUUGUGCCUGCCAGACUAUGAAAGUUAUGAACAAUUUGAGCGAGCAUUGAUUAUUGCAAUAAGUGAAGGCAACGAAGGAUUUGGAAUGAGUUAAAUAUCCGAGAAAUAUUUUUUUAAAACGACUAAGAAAAAGUUAAAUGUAAAAGUUUUCAUUUUUGCCAUUUUAUUUAAUUUAAUAGUGCAAUGCCUUUGCAUGAUAAUUUAAUGUGUAAUAACAAAGUUAUAAGUAGUUGAAUAUAAAAAUAUGUUGCAAAUGUCGCAAUCUCAUUGAACUUAAGGAAUUGCAGAAGAGAAUUGAAAAUUAGUUAUUAGAUUACGAUGUUUAAUUAAAUAAUCUAGAAAUGUCGCCAAAUUUAAGAAAGGAUGAAAGUUAGAAGAAUGAAUUCAGUUAUUAAUUCCAUAAUUUGCUUGGCAUUGUGUAAUUUACUGUGAUAUGAAAACUAAAAAAUAGUUAAUUGAAUAGUCAAGAAGUGACAUUAAAAACCCCAAAAAUUAAGAAAAAAGUGAAAUUAGCAAUAAAAGUGAAAAUAUUUUGAAAGUUUAGAAUCUUUAUCGAUCAUCGUGGUGACUAUUUGACAAAUAUUUGACGUCAUUUGACAUUUACAUACAGUUCGGAUGCUUUUUCACUAAGUAAACGCAACAAAAUCUGACGAAAUUAACGUCACAUUGUCACUCUGUCUCUGCCAUAUAUUUUAUUGUGUAGUUGCUUAAAUGAAUGAAAUUUAAGUUUAAUUCACAAAAUAUUUAAAGAAAGAAAAACUUAGAAUUAAGUUAAUCAAUAACCGUAGACAUGAAUAAUCAAACUGACGUUCACUUAAUCUCAAAAAACUUUAUUUUAUCGACAUUUAUGAUAUUUAUCGUCGUUGGAGACAUUUGGAAAGCAUCCCUAAAUGAUGUUUUGCUGUUUUUGUAGUCUAAGUGAACGUCAGUAAUAACCAAAGCAAUGAACAAUGAGGUUGAAUUGAUAGAAAAUUGUGAUUGCCAAUGUUUCUACAAUUAAAUAAAGCUAA